AUGAGUUCAGAACGGUCAAUAUCACCGGAUCCGUUACCACGAUCCCGUUCACGGUCAAGUGUUGUUCUUAUUGAUGAAAAAGGGAGUAAUGGGCACAACACUCGUCAGCCGCCAGCAACAGCUACACAAAAACGUCGACGAGAAAAUUCCAAUCGUUCACCUCCUUCGCCACGUUCGGCUACAUCCCGAUCACGAAGCCGUAGUUCAGUCGAAGGUUCAAAAUCACCUGAUGUUCGAAAAACUGGUGGUAAUAAUAACGGUAGCCAUCGUUCACCGUCGCCGGUUCGUCAGGCAAAUUCAUCAUCGAAACGGCGCCGUCGUCGUGAUAGUGGUGCCGAUGCUGGCCGACACAUAUGUGCUAUUUGUUCAAAUGAUGUCGAAGCAGCUAAACGUUUAUAUGGGGUACUCGAUAAUUGCGAUCAUAUUUUUUGUUAUGAAUGCGUUGUUUCAUGGAAACGUUCAAAAUAUAGUAAUGCCGAAUCAGAAAGUUGUCCCGUAUGUAAAGUGCGUUCAGCAUUUAUAACACCGAGUAAACAGUGGUUUGAUAAUAAAGAAGACAAAUAUCGUAUUGUUAAAAAACAUAAAAGUCAUUUAAAGACAUUACCGUGUCGGUAUUAUCUUCGUCAUGGUUUUUGCCGUUACUCGGACCGAUGCUUCUAUGAUCAUCAUGAAGCAGCUAAACAAUACAAACAACAAAAUCAACACUCAAGAGACCGCGAUCGAGAUCGUGAUCGUGAUCGUGAUCGUGAUCGUGAUCGUGAUCGUGAUCACCAUCAGAGUAGCAGUCAUCAUGGUUCGCAAAAUGGAAGUCGCUCUCAUUAUCAUUCACCAUCGCCACCACCACCACCACCACCAUCGUCGUCGUCAAAUCGAUAUCCAUCAUCACGUCAUCGUGAACGUGCUUAUUAA